ACUCGAAAAAUCACCAGGGUCUUCCCCGCCGACUGAAGGCCCGUAUGAAUGUCGGCCGGUUGCUAUGGAGACCGACCCGCGGUAUCCCAGCAUGCCUCUACCUCGGUUGGCCAAUCGUGAGCUUCCCCGGUCGGCGCCCCUUGAUGAUGCACCCGGAACCGCCAAUAGACCCCGCCUCCCGGAGGAGAGGGACCUGCACAGAGCUUCCGGGAGCCCAGUAGCGGUGGCCAGUACUGGCGGACUCAGUCACCUCUCAGGGAGUUGGACGUGAGGCCCGAGGCCACCGAUCCCGCGUCUUUCCCACCUUCGAUCGGGAAUCGUUAUCCUGUUUUUGCACCCGAGUUAAAGAGAGGUUGUGACUAAUGAAGUUUAUGACUAAGUAAGAGUCAGAAUCAGAAUCACCUGCAAGAGAGGCAUGCUUUCUGGAAGAGACAGGCCUUAACACUGCGUCUUACAAGAGCCCACAUGCCCGUCCAACCGCCCAUCCAACCUCCAAGCAAACCAGACACAGAAGAGAUGGAAGCAGAGGGCGACUCAGCUGCUGAGAUGAAUGGGGAAGAGGAAGAGAGUGAGGAGGAACGGAGCGGCAGCCAGACUGAGUCAGAAGAGGAGAGCUCAGAGAUGGAUGACGAGGACUACGAGCGGCGCCGCAGUGAGUGUGUCAGUGAGAUGCUAGACCUGGAGAAGCAGUUCUCAGAGCUUAAGGAGAAGUUGUUCAGGGAGCGACUGAGUCAGCUGCGCUUGCGGCUGGAGGAAGUGGGGGCUGAGAGAGCCCCUGAGUAUACAGAGCCUCUUGGGGGACUGCAGCGGAGUCUCAAGAUUCGCAUCCAGGUGGCAGGAAUCUACAAGGGCUUCUGUCUGGACGUGAUUAGGAAUAAGUACGAGUGUGAGCUGCAAGGAGCCAAGCAGCACCUGGAGAGUGAGAAGCUGCUGCUGUAUGACACGCUCCAGGGUGAGCUGCAGGAGCGGAUCCAGAGGUUGGAGGAGGAUCGCCAGAGCCUGGACAUCAGUUCAGAGUGGUGGGAUGACAAACUGCAUGCCAGAGGCAGCUCCAGGACCUGGGACUCACUGCCACCAAGCAAGAGGAAGAAGGCGCCUCUCGUUUCUGGCCCUUAUAUUGUGUACAUGCUGCAGGAGAUCGACAUCCUGGAGGACUGGACAGCUAUCAAAAAGUGCCUGUGGCUUCUCUGUACCCUGUGCCCUACCCUGGGACGCCCACUUCUCAGAGGCCUUUUUCCAGGGCCAGGGCAGCAGUGUCCCCUCAGAAGAGAAAAGCAGAUGGACCAUGACCCUGCUGUUCACAGCCAGGGCGUCCCUUGGAACAGCUGGCCCCACACCUAGGAUGCGAAUUUUCCUGCAGAAGGCGAUUGGCACAGCCCGGGGGCAGCCCGGCUAGCUCUCCGUUGCUGCUGCAGGUGCCCCCUCCAGCCAUCACUCGUCUGGAUCCCUCCUCAGCCUGCAGAGCUGUAGCUCUAGAGCUGACCUGGCCCCAGCAAGACUGCUGUCUGUAUCCCUUAACCAGCCCACCCCUCAGUGUCAGUGACAAAGGAGACGGGCCUUGUCCUAAGCCAAAGCAACAUUCCUCCUGGUGACCUCAGAUAUGGGGACCCCAGCCACUAACCCGGGAGCUGGGCCCUACAGCACAGGAACUCUAAGCCAGAAAUGCUAUGUAGAGGGCCUGUCUGCCGCUGGAGGUGGUAGCCAGGCUCCCCAGCUUUUCUCAGGGCCAUUCCUGGUAUCUGCCUCCCAGAUCACAAGAACUGGAAUUAAAACCUUUUCUGGAA